UUUACGCUGCGCCUAGCUGUAAAGGUUGUAAAUAGUAGCGUAGAUUAUCCCAUUCAUCCGAUAGCCUCGCAGUCGUGAAAGUCCUUCGCAGGUUCUAUACGUGAAAAUAGUUUUAAGAUAACGAAGAACGGUAGAACCUAGUAGAACGAACCCAGUGGAACAUAAUGGCUCAGGAAAAGUUUGAUCUACAAAAAGUGCACGGCAGCUUCGAACGGUGCCUAGUAGGAGAAGAGGACGUUUUCAUCGAUGCUUAUUUGGAGGCCUUCAAGGAACUCUACAAAUUCUUCUCGCUGAUGGGAACCGUGUUUGGUUUCGUCAGCAGUGACGUCAAGGAGAAGGUGGAGAUCCUGGAGAAGCUGCGGAAGCACCAAGACCACGGCGAGCAGUUUGAGUCCAUUCAGAAAAUGAUGGACUACGAACGAGAUGGCAAUUUGCUGACUAAGAAGGACUACGUCUCGGGCUGUCGGACACUGCUACGGCUUCACAGGGGUCUGGAUUUUAUCUACCUAUUUCUUAAGCGGCUAGGCGAACUAGAAACCGCAAACGCCAAUACCUGUGCAGUCUGCCAAUCGUCUUACAACGAAACACUGGCUCAGUUUCAUCCGUGGUUGAUCCGGAAGGGAGCCGUCAUGGCCAUGUACGCAAUGCCAAACCGGGACCAUCUGUUGGAGAAGGUUUGUCUGGAUGCGAGCACGGCUAUCAAACUACUCCCGGAGAUGCUAGCCGUGGCCCGGCAAGUGUACGACCGAACGCAAGCACUGUACACCAAGUACGACCUCCAUGGGCUGCCCUAGGCUGAGUACGGUGAAGCGUAUGUUUGAAUCUUCUACUACAGGACCAUGCUAGAUGAACAGUGAUUUGUACCAUUUUCGUUUUAAGCCUUUGUGAUAGCAGGAGUAUUGUUUCGUUUUAAGUUUAACCAUAUCUCAAAUGUUGACGGCAGUUU